AUGACUCACCUGUCCUUCUCUCUAGCACCAGCUUCACUGGUCCGACUGCAUGAAGCUCUAACAUGCCUGGUCAAAUUCAACGAGAGCGUUGCCCUCGAGGCCGAAUAUGACUUGCUUCGUUUAAGCGUUCUCAACUCUACCAAAACAGCGUAUUCAGCAUUCGUGCUCGAAGCGGACAGUUUCUUCGAGAACUACUCGUUCAGUCCAAACAGAGACAUCUCGUCUGCAUCCAGCAGUAAUAGACGCCCAGAUAGGUUUUGUUGUCAGAUAUAUCUCAAGGCACUCCUCUCAGUCUUCAAAGGAAGGACUAGCGAAAAGGACAAAGACACGGCCGUUGAGCGAUGCGAGGUCGAGAUACGCGAAGACGCGCAGCAGACGGAAUGCAGGCUCGUUAUUCGAAUGAUUUGUGGACUUGGCGUUAUCAAAUCGUACAAGCUUACUUAUGAACCUAUCCAUGUCCAACAUGCGAUCUUUGACAGAUCAAGAACAGCAAAUAAAUGGACUAUCGAGCCUAAGUUUCUGAGAGAGAUCGCGGACCAUUUCAGUCCGUCGGCAGAGCAAUUAGACAUCCACCCCGAGGGAGAUAAGGCCAUCUUUACAAGUUUCACCACGAAGAUUGCAGAGGGCAAAGAAAUCCUCAAACAACCCGUCCACACCUCCGUCGCCAUCGACAAAAAGGACUUCGAAGAUUUCCUCGCAGAAGAAAACCUCCACAUCGCCAUCAGCAUCAAAGACUUCAAAGCAGCCAUCACCCACGCCGAAACCACAAACGCACUCCUCACAGCCCGCUACACACGUCCAUGCCGCCCCCUGCAACUAGCCUACGAGUUCGAAGGCGUCAAAACGGAGUUCACGCUGAUGACGAGAGGCGAGGCAAGCGGUGAUGACGACAUUCCGAAUUCUUCGCGAAGUACUGCUCGUCAAUCAUUAGCAAGACAGUCGCAACCAACGGCACAGGUUAAUGCGAAUCGACCUGGCAGUCGGGCCCCGGAGAACAGACGGACGGACAUGCCUCCGCCUCUUCCUCCUGCGGCUGCGGCCCCGCGCAGCCGGCCUAUCCGUCCACUGACGGGGACACCUUCUGCUUCGAGGGAAACAAAUAACAGGAAUACGGAAAACGAGCGGCCUACAGUAGCGUCGAUGGAAUUCGAUAGCCUGUUCGUUCCCGCAGAUGAUGAUAGACAGUGGGAUGUACCCAAUGAUGAAGAAGAAGCGGAAGAUAUGCUCGGAUGGGAUGCAACAGCGGAUCAGGAGACGUUUAGCGCGAGCCUCGGGCGGUUGCAAGAUAACGAGUCUCAUACCUUGCGCAGAGAUGAGCCAGUUGAGCAGGAGCAGGAUGAUAUGGGAAUUCCACCCACGCAGCGCAUGUCCCAGCUCCAUGGUCUCGGUCUCUUCGAUUGA